AUGAGAGCUCUCCCAGAGCAGCCAUUCCCAGGCAGCGUCCCUCGCAUCGUCGGAACAGGCGAGCAAGCAAGGCAGCAACGGGGUGACGCGCUACUUAGACACGCACCGGAGAUGACGGUCAAGAUCCGUCUCGCGCGCUUCGGCCGCAGGAACGCACCUUUCUACAACAUUGUCGUCGCACAUGCCAGGACGGCACGGAACAGCAAACCUCUCGAGGUCAUCGGGACCUACGACCCCAUCCCCAAGGCCGACCCCUACGAUGACUCCGGCAGACUGCACAAGGACAUCAAGCUCGACACCCUGAGGGCCAAGUACUGGAUCGGCGUGGGUGCUCAGCCGACAGACACCACGUGGCGCUUAUUGUCCAUGGUUGGAAUCCUGGAGCCGAAGCACCGAAACCAACAGCCACGGACUGCGCCGGAACUGCCCGCCGACAUUCGACAAGGAAGCUGA